UGACUGACGCGCGCUCUCUCCCUGCGCGCCCCCGCAGCGAUUGACGAUCGAUCAUCGAUAGUCGCGCACCAUCGAUGAAGAGCGGCGCGCGCGGGGUCAGCGCGUGACUGUGUGCGCGUGACUGUGCGCGGGUCUGCAGCACGGGCGCGCGCCAUUUUGUCCAGGCUAAGCGGCGGCGCGCGCGCAGGAUGAGUGACUGACGGACGGACGCGGGACUGCUGCGCUGCGGAGCGCGCCGACGCUCACCGAGAGGCGCUGUUCUGUUCUCUACCAGGCUUUGCGUCGGACAUACUUUGGAAAGGGAUUCCUGAGGAAGACGAUUGGGAAUUAUUGCCGAUUCUCCCGGAGGAUUUUCAUUCCUCUCGUCAGAAAGAGGCGCGCGACACGAUCUUCACCAAUGGUUGUGCAAGUUGAAGAUCAACUCAACCAUCUGAAAACACGGCAAGACCCUGCGGAGACCUCAGGGCUGUUCUCACCUGGAAACCACUCGCGAGUCGCUUCAGUGGGCUGUGGUUUGCAGAUGGACUCCCCUGUCACAAUGAUAUGAGAUUUGUCAGGAGACGAUGCAUACAGGAGGAGAGACCUCAGCAUGCAAACCCUCCUCUGUCCGGCUGGCCCCCUCGUUUUCUUUCCACUCGGCUGGUGUGCAGAUGGAUGCGCAGACGCCCCAUUCUCACCCGCCGUUCAGUGAUGCUCACCCGCAGGGCGCCGCUGACCAAUCAGCUGCUGCGCUGCCCUACAACCCGCAGGCCCCGCAGCCCAGCGCCACCCAGGUAACCGCUGAUAUGGUGAUGCUGCAGAGGCGGAUGCCUCAGUGUUUCCGGGAUCCAGCGACGGCACCCUUAAGAAAACUCUCCAUCGAGCUGAUCAAAACAUACAAACACAUCAAUGAGGUUUACUAUGCAAAAAAGAAGCGUCGUCACCAACAGGGUCAGGGCGAGGACUCCAGCAACAAGAAGGAGAGGAAGAUUUAUAACGACGGCUACGACGACGACAACUUUGACUACAUCGUUAAAAACGGCGAGAAGUGGAUGGACCGAUAUGAGAUCGACUCUUUAAUAGGAAAAGGCUCAUUCGGGCAGGUGGUGAAGGCGUACGAUCGCGUGGAGCAGGAGUGGGUCGCCAUCAAGAUCAUCAAGAAUAAAAAGGCCUUCCUGAAUCAGGCUCAGAUCGAAGUGCGCCUGCUGGAGCUGAUGAACAAACACGACACCGAGAUGAAGUACUACAUCGUUCACCUGAAACGCCACUUCAUGUUCCGGAACCACCUGUGUCUGGUGUUCGAGAUGCUGUCCUAUAACCUGUACGAUCUGCUGAGGAACACCAACUUCCGCGGCGUGUCCCUGAACCUGACGCGUAAGUUCGCCCAGCAGCUGUGCACCGCGCUGCUGUUCCUGGCCACGCCGGAGCUCAGCAUCAUCCACUGUGACCUCAAGCCUGAAAACAUCCUGCUCUGCAACCCCAAGAGAUCCGCCAUCAAGAUCGUGGACUUCGGGAGCUCCUGCCAGCUGGGCCAGCGGAUAUACCAGUACAUCCAGAGUCGCUUCUACCGCUCGCCCGAGGUCCUGCUGGGGAUGCCGUACGAUCUGGCCAUAGACAUGUGGUCUCUAGGCUGUAUCCUGGUGGAGAUGCACACCGGAGAACCGCUCUUCAGCGGCGCUAAUGAGGUUGAUCAGAUGAAUAAGAUCGUGGAGGUGUUGGGUGUUCCUCCCAGUCAUAUCCUGGAGCAGGCGCCUAAAGCCAGGAAGUUCUUUGAGAAGAUGCCGGACAGCAUGUGGUGCGCCAAGAAGACCAAAGACGGCAAAAGGUAUAAGCCUGCAGGCUCCCGGAAGCUGCACAGUAUUCUGGGCGUGGAGGCGGGCGGCCCCGGUGGGCGCAGAUCCGGAGAGUCGGGUCACGCUGUUGCAGACUACCUGAAGUUCAAGGACCUGAUCCUGCGGAUGCUGGACUACGACCCCAAGACACGCAUCCAGCCGUACUACGCUCUGCAGCACAGCUUCUUCAAGAAGACUGCAGACGAGGGCACCAACACCAGCAGCAGUGUGUCCACCAGCCCCGCGCUGGAGCAGUCGCAGUCCUCCGGGACCACCUCCAGCACCUCCUCCAGUUCAGGAGGCUCGUCUGGAACCAGCACCAGCGGCCGUGCCCGCUCAGACCCCACACAUCAGCACCGGCACAGCGGAGGAGGACACUUCAGUGCUGCGGUGGGCAUGGACUGCCACAACCUCUGCCCACAGGCAAGACAGGCGUUUGUGCCGGCGCUGGGCUGGGUUGGAGAUGGACUCCAGCAGGCGUCAGGAGAGACUCAUCCUGUCCAGGAGACCACCUUCCAUGUGCCACCACACCAGCCCAAAGCCCUGCACCCCCACCAACACCACCACCAUCACCACCACCACCCGCCACCACACGGACAGGGCCCCGCCCGGCCCCGACCCCGGCUCUACUCUCCGUCCCACAGCGCCUCCACGCAGGACUCGAUGGAGGUGACGCACGGACACCUGUCCAUGACCUCGCUGUCUUCCUCCGCCUCGUCCUCCUCCACCUCCUCCUCCUCUACCGGGAACCAUCACUACGCCUACCAGAGCCGCCCGCUGCCCCACGGCCUGGGCUUCGGCCACAGCGGCAGCAUGACUCUGGGCCUGGGUGCCUUCUCCAACCCACGGCAGGAGACUGGCGUGGCAGGCGUGGGUCUGCGGCCGGGUCUGGAGCGCGAGGAGUCCCCGAUGGCGGGCGUGUGUGUGCAGCAGAGCUCCGUGGCUAGCUCCUGACCCGCCUGAGGAGACCGAUUCACGCGCGCGUCCAUACUGGAGCUGAGUGGAGCCGGAGCUAAGCGGAGCCAGCGCUCCUGCGGCCAUGGACGUUAGCUUCGGUCUGCAGCUCUGAUGCUGCCGGAGCCCAGCGCUCGCCCGCCGCAGCGUUUCUUCUUCAUGUGUCAGUCGUGACAGAGGUGCGGCUGCGGGCACUGCUCCUCAACAUGGCCUUAUCCUACAGACUGAACCGAGACGAGCCGGACGUUUCUUCUUCUUCUUCUUCUUGGAGUGACAAAAGCUUUGAUGUAUUUUUGAGGACGUGCGAACACCUUCAUCACGACACCGAGAACAGAACGCUGAUUUGAGGCCUUUCUUACCCAGAGUUCCUCCUGCUGAUGUCCCAGGACUGCCACUGCCGCCGCCGCGUCCCCGCGCUCGCUCUUCUGCUUUAUCUGAGUUACGCAGCAUGUGUGUUUACUUUCAGCCCCCCCCCCCC